GUCUGAUCUUCCUUCUCAUGAGGGACUCAGGCUCGGAUGUUUUGGACGUGACUUUGUUCACGUGGGGUCUACGCUUCAACGCUCCUGUAGGGCGCUAACAGCUACGGCCAGCUGAGCCAGGGGCAUGUGGAGGACCGGUGCGAGCCCGGGGCCGCGGAGUGCGCGCUACCAACCGCCGGGGCGCGCAGCCUGCGUGGAGGCGGCGGGCACUCUGCGCUUGUCACCGAAGCGGGACAGUUGAUGGUGUGUGGCCAGAACCACAGAGGACAGCUGGGCCUCGGCCAUACGUCUCAGAUCACUGCCUUUGUUCCCUGCCCUUCUCUGGGCCCGCGGUCCGUACGCCAGGUGUCCUGCGGCUGGGACUUCACCCUCAUUCUCACAGACUGUGGACAGCUGUUGGCCUGCGGUUCGAAUGCCCAUGGCCAGCUGGGCCUCCCCCAGGUCUCCGGGCACACAGCAAAGCCUUUGCCAAUUGAGGCCUUGAUUUCCCCCAUCAUCAGUGUGGCUGCAGGGCUUCGACACUCUCUGGCUGUUGAUUCCUCAGGGUGUGUGUACCAGUGGGGGGUGGGUCUGUCCAGCGAGGCCAGGCGGCUCCUGGCCCCGCAGACCCCCCCCGCCCACCUCACCUCCAAGGAGCCCUGCCCAGUUCCAGCCCUGGACACCGUGUCCCCAAACUCAGUGACAGCUGGAGCCUCCCACUGCGUCUGCCUGACUGCAGGGGGCGAUGUGUUCCUCUGGGGCAGCAACAAGCGGGGUCAGCUUGGGGGCCCGGGGCCUUUCCAGUCCCUCCCUCGCGUCCUAGAUCGCAUCCUGCUGGCUGGAGAAUCCGUGACGGAUGUGUGGAGUGGCUGGACACACCUAGUGGCCAGGACAGAGAGUGGCAGGGUCUUUACUUGGGGGCGGGGUGAUUACGGACAGCUGGGCAGGGCACUGCAAACCAAUCAGGAUUUGAGUCUUCUGUCAGAUGAUGUCCCACCUGCAUACUCCAGACCAAUGGCGUGCCACCCUAUGGAGGUGAAGGCCCUUACUGGGGCCACACAGGUAGCGUGUGGCUCGGAGCACAGCCUGGCUGUCGUAGGUGGCGCUCUGGUCUCGUGGGGCUGGAACGAGCACGGUAUGUGUGGAGAUGGAUCCUGCGAGGAUGUCAGCAGUCCCGCCCCCAUCGCCGCGUUACGCCAGGUCACGCCUGUCCUAAUUGGCUGUGGGGCUGGGCACUCCAUGGCGUUGUGCGCCGUGCCAUUGGCUGGCUCUGCAGAAGCCCCGCCCCGGGCCAGCAGCAGCGCUGCCACAUGAACUCAUCUGCAGAGGUCUCUCUAUCCAGUGGGAAACCCCCAGUGAACCAGCCCACCAGCGGUGUCUCCUGCUUAGUCAGAUUCCAGUGUGUCCCUGCUGCUGUGUGAUUAAACGCUGGGCAGAGUCUCUCCUGAACCUGAAGCUCUUCCUCCCACGGGGUUUAGCCACAUUUCUGAAGCUGUUCCACAGGAACCACAAUGUUUUCCGUUAAUAUCCAUGUUCCAUAGCAGCGGUUGAGGUUGGAGUUUCAUGCUCAACUUUACGGAAUUAAUGUGAGGGGCCAUUGUGGUCCUUCCUAUUUGUGUUAGUCUGAAAUGAAAGGACGUGAGCUUAACAAGCAGUGACUCCUUCCCCAGCGUUACUCACACUGCAGCGCUUCCUGUGUUUACCCCUCGAGAGGGCUGACAGGUCACUGCAUCUCCAUAAUAGGUAAAAACUCUUAAUUCAGCCCUGACUCAGUAUAACCAAAGUGAAAUAAAAGUCAAUGAAACAGCUGAA